AGCAGCAGCAGCAGGCGGCGUCGUUCAGCGCAACACGGUGUGGUGAGGUCCGGCCGAGUCGAGGGGUCCACCGGGGAGAAGACGACGAGCCGAGCCGCUGGAAUCUGGGACAUUUACCGACGGAGGAAGGACGGAGGUUCCGGGGGGAAUCCAGGCAGCGGCGGAGGCGAGGAGCGAGGAGGCGAGGAGGCGAGGACACAGCGGCAGCACAUGUCCCCCCUCGUGGUGUCCUAUUCCUGUUUCCUCGGUGAAGGAACGUGCAGACAGGCUGCCUCACACUAAGCUAUGGAAUGCUCCCUGCACCCACCAUCACUAGUCUCCAAUCUGUGGACUGAGCUCCAAACGCUUAGUUAGCGGCUGUGCUUCUCCCCUCGAACUCUUUACAACCAGGGGACGAAGAAAAGGAGCCGGCUUUCCGAGUCCUCCGCUAAAAACGCACAGAGCACUUUCUUUUUUGAGAAUAUCUCAUCUACCUUUUUUUUCUCCGCUUGGAUUUUUUCUGCUGAAAUAAUAUCAAGAUGGAUAUGGAUUCGUACUUGUGGAUGGUGAUCCUCGGCUUCAUCAUUGCCUUCGUCCUGGCCUUUUCGGUGGGCGCCAAUGACGUGGCAAAUUCGUUCGGCACGGCGGUGGGGUCCGGGGUGGUCACGCUGAAGCAGGCCUGCAUCCUGGCGUCCAUCUUUGAGACGCUGGGCUCGAUGCUGCUGGGAGCCAAGGUGGGCGAGACGAUCCGGAAGGGCAUCAUAGACGUCCAUCUGUACAACGAGACGGUGCCGGUGCUCAUGGCAGGCGAGGUCAGCGCCAUGUUCGGCUCAGCGGUCUGGCAGCUCAUCGCCUCCUUCCUCAAACUGCCCAUCUCUGGGACUCACUGCAUUGUUGGCGCCACCAUCGGCUUCUCCAUGGUGGCCCUCGGCACCAAGGGCAUACAGUGGAUGCAGCUCGUCAAGAUCGUGUCGUCAUGGUUCAUCUCCCCCCUGCUCUCUGGGCUCAUGUCUGGAGGCCUCUUCCUGCUCAUCAGACACUUCAUCCUCAACAAGGAGGACUCUGUCCCCAACGGCCUGCGAGCGCUGCCUAUCUUCUACGCCACAACCAUUGGGAUCAACACGUUUUCCAUCCUAUAUACCGGAGCGCCGUUGCUCGGGCUGGAGAUGCUGCCGGUGUGGUCCAUCUUUCUCAUAACUUUAGCCGGGUCGUUGGUGUGUGCAGCUAUCGUCUGGUUCAUAGUGUGUCCUUGGAUGAGGAGGAAAAUAGCAAGUCGUCUAAAGAAGGAGCAGGCUUUGUCCAGGAUUUCAGACGAGAGCCUGGACAAGAUACCGGAGGAGGAGGAGGAGAGUCCUGUCUUCAAGGAGCUUCCAGGAGCCAAGGGAACAGAUGAGGCCGUGCUGCCGCUCACCGGCGGCAGCAGUGACCGAGGGACCCGUGCCUCCAGUGGAGAGCUCACCAACCUGGCUAAUGGAGGCACCGUCCUGCCAAACGGCAGGGCGUAUGGUCGGACCCACUCGAUGACCAACGGCUGCCUCAAGUCGCCGAUCUCUAACGGCAGCUUCAGCUUCGAUGGCCACAUGCGCAGCGACGGCCAGGUGUACCACACGGUGCACAAGGACUCUGGUCUCUACAAGGACCUGCUUCACAAAAUCCACCUGGGCCGCAUGGACGACAGCGACCGCUCGGGCACCAACGCCGGGCCGCCUGACAACAACUACCGCCUGCUGCGCCGCAACAACAGCUACACCUGCUACACAGCGGCCAUAUGCGGCAUGCCCGUCCAGCCGCUCAUACGCACGGAGUCGCGUGACGACAGUGAGAAGCUGGUAGGUGAAGGGGGCGGCCGGAGCAACAGCGUGUCCUACACCAAGAAGAGGAUCCGCUACGAUAGCUACUCGUCGUACUGCAACGCCGUAGCCGAGGCUGAGAUCGAGGCCGAGGAGGGCGGCGUGGAGAUGAAGCUGGCCACGGAGCUGGAGGGGGUGGAGGAGGAAGGGGCCCCGGCUCCGGUUCCUCUGGACGACUUGGCCGAGGAGGAUCACGAGGAGAAGGACAAACCUGAGGUGUUCCAGCUUUUCCACUUCCUGCAGAUCCUCACCGCCUGCUUCGGGUCCUUCGCCCACGGAGGCAACGACGUCAGUAAUGCCAUCGGGCCCCUGGUGGCGCUGUGGAUGAUCUACGACCAGGGCGGCGUGAUGCAGGAUGCUGCCACUCCCAUCUGGCUGCUGUUGUACGGCGGCGUCGGCAUCUGCGCCGGGCUGUGGGUGUGGGGCCGCCGCGUCAUCCAGACAAUGGGGAAGGACCUGACUCCCAUCACCCCCUCAAGCGGAUUUUGCAUUGAAGUAAUGAGUGCGCUAUCAGUGCUUGUUGCAUCAAAUGUGGGCAUCCCAAUAAGCUCCACCCACUGCAAGGUGGGAUCGGUCGUGGCCGUGGGUUGGAUCCGCUCCAAGAAGGCGGUGGACUGGCGCCUCUUCAGGAACAUCUUCCUGGCGUGGUUCGUCACGGUGCCGGUGGCCGGCCUGUUCAGCGCCGCCGUCAUGGCUGUGUUCGUCUACGGCAUCCUGCCCUUCGUCUGAGGGCGCACGGCUGGGAGGGAAAACACAGGAGGAAAGAAUCAGAGAGAGAGAGGGAGACUAAAAAUCAUAGCUGGAGUGUCAGGGGUACAGAGAAAAGAGGAAGAGAGCGAGAGGGUGACGGCGAGGAGUAGGAAGAGAGAGAGAGAGAGGGAGUGAGGGCUGGAGCUGCAGAGGUUUACACAUGGACUUGGUUGUACUGUGGAUGUGAGGAGGGUUGGUUCACCUGCUUCCUGGCUCCAGAGUCCAGAGAUCUUUGCGACUCAUUUGAGUUUCUGAUCGCUUUUUAUUUAUUCUCUUCUACGGGUGCAACCGCUGCGUCGACCGAACCAUUCAAUCUGCUGUACAUACGUGUUCCAGUAACUUUUAACAGGAAUAAUUACAGGAAUUAUAGUUACUGGGGAAACCCUUUCUGUCUCUUUCUUUAAAAACACUACACUGCAAACGACUAAAAAAGAUCAAAACCAGCUAAUUCUGCACAACUGACAAACAUGCCUGCAGUGAAACUA